AAUGGUCAGAUUUAAGAAUCGAUACUUUAUAUGUGAAUAUAUCUAAGAGUAUUAAGAGAAAGAAUUUUCAGAGAGAGAUCUAUUAAUUGAAAUUAGAGAUUAAGUUUAAUAUCAUUAUGGUGAUUUUGGAUCUGCAAAAAUAUAAUUUUCCUUUUAAAGUAUAUUUUUUAAAUAUAUUUUAAUAGUAAAAUACUUAAAUACUAUUUCAAGAUUGUUUAUAUUGAGAGUGGCUAGAGAUUAUAAAAAUAUAAUAUGGUCAACUCUCAUAUUUAUGAAUAUGUUUAAAGGAGUCCCAAUCAAAAUUAGAAUUUUAGGUUGUUCAGGUACAAUAAAAAAAUGUGAAAUCAAAGCCAGAAGAUUACUCACAAAAUGGGUUCAUAAAAUAUUAAAAUGUGAUAUACCCAAACCUUUGAGAUCUACUAUUAUUAGGGAUUAUUAAUAAACUUAAGAAAUACUACCUUAAUUAACCUAAUGAA